AACGAGAAGUAAAACCUUCCAUUCUAAUUCCCCUCCCUCUCAGUCACAAAUCACAAUCACAAAAUUCACAAUUUUCACCAACACGCACGCAACCAUGGCGCCACUUCUCCCUCCUCCACCUCCCUGUGCAAUCCGUACUCUUCCUUCCACUGUCCGUGACUCGUGACUCAGUAUUUGGUGUUCGUCGCUUCCCAGCUGAAUUAGGGUUCAUAUUCUUUGUGGGAAUUGGGAAGGAUGAGAGCGAGAGUGAUAGUUUUUCCGGUUAGAGGGAGGAACUGGUGCUUCAGCAGAUCCGUUGAGCCUCUGGUUUCAGACUCUGCAUCUUCCCCUCCAUCUCAGACUCCUUCAACUCUCAAAGGCCUGUGGAAGAAGUACAAUUCCAAUGCCAAUGACAAGGCCAUUGCCAAUCCUUUAGCUGUCAACGCUGAGCUCCUCAUCGAUUUUGUCUCUACCAAGAUGAACAUAGCUUGGAUCGGUCUGGAGAAGUCGCCUCAGGGAAGUUUUAAGAACAAGAUUCAUGGAUUGGGAUUGAAGCUGCUGUCUCGUGUUAAGCCGUCUGAGAUUUUCCUAAAAUCGAUCUCUAAUGAGGUCACAGGUGUUGAAGUUAAAUACCCUUCCAGCUUAAAUGCACAACAUGUGCGUAGGAGGUUACGACAUAUUGCCAUGAGGGGAUCUAUCAUACACAGAAAGUAUUUAUAUGGUUCAGUUACGUUGCUUCCUCUGACAUCAGCAUGUGCUGUUUUGCCUUUGCCUAAUAUUCCCUUCUUCUGGUGUUUAUUCCGUACUUAUUCUCAUUGGCGAGCUCUCAAGGGAAGUGAGAAGCUCCUUAAGCUAGUCUCAGAUAGCUCUGUGGCACCAAGUUCCACUACCGAUGGAAAUAAAAAAGAGCAUAUUGACUCUCAGCGUGGAAGCAAAGAGAUAUUCAAUUCUCCUUAUGUUUUGCAGCCAUCGAAAGAGCUUGAGGAGCUUCUUCGUCAUGGAGGCGAGCGCGAGGGUCUCAAAGAAUGUGCUAUAUUGGAUAUCUGCAAAAUCUAUGAUUUGAACACACAUGACGUUCUAAAGUACCGGGACUCGAUGUAGUUACAUUGUUGCAUUUGUUUUCUAUUGGGGAAAGAAGUUUCUUCUUUUUCUUCAUUUGUUGAACAUUUGGCCUAGAGGUCUAAGGAAAUUUUGAACUAUGAUGAUGGACAGCAUCCGUGGUCCAUCUGAAAUAAAGAGGACUCCCAAUCCCAAAUGCACCCACAUAUCAAGUUUUGCCUUUCCAA